UCUCCUCAUUUCUUACAUUCUUCCACAUAUGCCUCUGAUUUAUAGGAACAAAAGAGUUUGAAGAGUUCAGCAGAAAGAAGAAGCUUUUUAGUUUUAACAUCACAACCAUCAUUCCUUUUUGCUUUUUUGGAAAACCUUAUCAAUCAUUUGGUAUAAGGUGGUAUAAGCUUACCUUCCCAACCAAACCCAUGAUUAAAGUUUGUAACUUUUUCAUUGUAUCAAUCAUAUACUAGGAAUAUCUUAUUGUGGGUUUCUCUUAUAAGAAGAAACUCAUUAGGAAGAUUGAAGAAUAGAAAUAAAGGUAAGUAUUUCAAAGAGAUUUCUUCUACCUUCUUCUCUUAAGUAGACUUUUUUUUUUUGUGAAGGAGUUUUUCCUAGAGUUUUUUGGUGUGAAAUUUUCCUUCUAUCACACUAAUGAGUAUUGAAAAUAGUGCAUCAUCAUAGAAGAAGCUUCAAUGGGUUGUGUUCAUCCAUGGUUUUCAUUUUCCAUGAAAGAAGAAGCUAUUGUUCAAGGACUCAACAUUGUUAGAGGCAGAACAAGAGUUCUUCUAGGAUAACAUUUUUUCUUUUGUUCUUUUUUCAUGGGGAUCCUCCAUAAAUGGUGGCAAGUUACAUGGUUGAUUAUCAAUGUUUCUUUCUUGUUCUUAUCAUCAUCUUUUGUUAGAGGCUCAAAUAUUACUGAUAGGCUUGAAUCGUUAGAUGACUUGCUCUGCAAGCAAGCCGUGAACGAUACGAAAGGGAAGUCUAUAAAAACAGCCAUCGUCUACGAAAUUUCGAUCCCUUCCAACUUGACAGGAAUGAAGAUCUCAGCCGUGAGAUUGCGUGCCGUUUCGUUCUGGUAUCGAGGAUUGAAUCAUAGCUUCCUUAGUCUUCCGCCUAAGGUGGUGGCACAACCUAGUAUGAAGAGAAUUGCAAUACUAUAUGAAAACUUAGGCAAAUGGUCAAAUCUUUAUUUCAAUGUAUCAAAUUACACAAUGAUUGCUCCAAUUCUUGGUUUCAUUGCUUAUAGUUCUUCAGAAAAAGAAUUGUUAGAUUGUCAAAAGAUCAAAAUUGACACUCAAGGAGGCAACAUUACUAUCCGGUUUCGAAACGUUUCGUCACACCCGAAAAACGUUACACCACUUUGUGCCAAGAUUGGUGACAAUGGCACGGUUGAAUUUAGCAACAUGACCAAGCCAUAUUUUUGUGAAGCAAAAAGCCAAGGACAUUACACGCUUGUGAUUCCAUCUUCAUCAGCAAAAGAAUCUUCUAAAUUGUGGUGGGUGUUAGGGUUUGUAAUAGGUGUUGUUGUGUUGAUUUUAUUGGCUUUGAUCUUAGUAGCUAUAAAGAUUAUUAAGAGGAGAAAAAUAAAGGAAAUGGAGAAAGUUUCAGAAGUUGAAGAAGCUUUUGAUACAUUCUGGAUUGGUGACACAAAAUUGCCAUCAGCUAGCAUGAUUAGAACUCAACCAUCUCUUGAGAAUGAGUAUCAUUAUCGUGGUGGUAAUUAA